GCAACAAUGGCACCGAACGUGCUCGGCAAUACGAUACUGCUGGCCGAGGCUUGCAUCGAGCAGGAGGAUCGAAACAAUAACAAUGCAUCGGUUGGUGGCACGCAACAGUACAAGAACAAAUCCUUCCUGAACGUACCACCAAAGCCGACCACGACAGUUACAGACGAGAUUAAGCCAACAGAUGUCGCAAAGCUAUCGGGUGCGAGUACGGGACGCCGGUAUCAUCAUGUGUACGUGUGGCGUAACAUUAUCGCCUUCGUCUAUCUGCAUCUUGGCUUUCUGUAUGGCAGCUACCUGUUGGUAACAUCGGCUAAAUGGAGCACAUUUUUCUUGGCACUCAUCUUGGGCUCGUGUGGCGCCCUCGGCAUUACGGCCGGUGCCCACCGGCUCUGGUCGCACCGGGCGUACAAGGCGAAGUGGCCGCUACGUCUGUUCCUGAUGCUAGCGCAAACGCUAGCCUUCCAGAACAGCGUGUACGAGUGGGUGCGGGAUCACCGUGUCCAUCACAAGUUCACCGAUACCGAUGCCGACCCGCACAAUGCGACCCGCGGCUUCUUCUUCUCGCACAUCGGCUGGCUGAUGGUGAAGAAGCAUCCGGACGUGAAAACGCGCGGCCAGGCCGUCGACAUGAGCGAUCUCGAGCAGGACGCUAUCGUAAUGUUUCAAAAGCGCUACUACGCCCUGCUGAUGCCACUGUUUUGCUUCGUACUGCCGACCUUCCUCGCGUACUACUAUCUGGACGAAACGUUCUCGAACGCCUGGUACGUGGUCGCCAUCUUCCGGUACGUCCUGUCGCUCAACGCUACCUGGCUGGUGAACAGUGCGGCCCAUAUCUGGGGCACAAAGCCGUACGAUCGCAAUAUCUCUCCGACCAACAACACGUUCGUGGCGAUCGCAGCUUACGGCGAAGGAUGGCAUAACUACCAUCAUGUAUUCCCGUGGGACUACAAGACGUCCGAGCUGGGCACGUACAGUACGAACUUUACGACGGCCGCGAUUGACUUUUUCGCCCGGAUCGGCUGGGCGUACGAUCUGAAGUCGGUGUCGGACGAUCUGAUACGGAAGCGAGUGUUGCGUACCGGCGAUGGAUCGCAUCAGUACAAUGAGCAGGAACUGAACGCUCGCAUGAUCGAUUACAUUAACCAGCUGGACCAUGAGUCGGAACAGGCGGUUUGGGGCUGGGAUGAUAAGGAUAUGAACGAAGAGGAUCGUCAGGAUGCCACCGUUAGGAAUAAGGUCGAGUAG